UUUCCGGUUCGGGCCGAUCUGAGUUUCGUGUGUUUCCGGCAGGACUCGGCUGGCGGCGGCGGUUGGCCGAUCACGGAGGCCGGGGACCGAGCCCGAGCAGCCAGGAGAUGGCAACGAAUGGGACCCACGCUCAAGCGCUGUUUGGGGGUUCGUUCUCGGUUGUUCUCCCCCCCCAUGCCAUCGACGUCAGCGAUAUCCGGGAGCUUCCAGACAACCAGGAGGUGUUCAUGCACAGUAGUACGGACCAGAGCAUCAUCAUUGAGUUGCUGGAGUACCAGGGUCAGGUUCCUGACGAGGAUGCAGCCAGGUACCACUUUGAUGACGUCACAGCUAUUAACGGCGUUUCAGCUGGGGAUGGCACAGAGGUCCUGAGCGUCGGGCCCAUCAGCAGAGACCAGAUCGCACUGAAGGAGCUGAGCAGCGCCUGGUUUCUCUCUGGGAGACAGCGGGUGGCCAAGUUCAACGAGCAGGCCAAGAACACAGUGAACAUGCACCUGGUCCUCUUCAGACUCCCUCAAUACACCACUGACAUACUCAUCACUUUUAACGACCCAACGAUGAUCAGCCCCCUCAGCAGCAGCAGAGGAGCAGACCCCGUGCAGCCUGGAGGUUCGUCGGCCAACCCUGCCCAGUGCUGGACCCUGGAGCAGUUCCGAGCCACCGCGCACUCCCUCCGGCUCCUGAACCCGGCCGUCUUCCCCUGAUCGUCGGCACCCGGGAUCGCACGAGACGGGAACCCCGGAAAAGCGAGCGGCUCACUGGGAUGGACCUUGCUGGUUCCCUCCUGCUGAGGAAAGCACGUGUUCCUCUUCUGAAAGUGACCAUUGGGACUGUCUGCCGUUCAUUGACAUCAUGGCUGAACUUCAAUCCAACUCCACACGGCCCUGCCUUCCCCAGAAAUCAACCAGUCUCAGAUUGAGAAUUAACAAUUAAUUCUCCAUCAGUUGCCCUUUGCCAGUUUUAAACUCCUACACCCUCUGCGAUCCGGAGUGUGUCCCAACUCUGCUCUUGAUAAAUGUGGCUGCAGUUUUUCGACCAUGCCUUCUGUACCCUUUUAGACUCCCCUACCCUGGGACAAAGACUAACAAUCCACCUUAUCCAUGCCUCCCAUGAUUUUGUAAACCCCUAUAAGGUCACCCCUCAGCUUCCUACACUCCAGAGGAAAAAAUAUUCCAGCCUGUUCUGUCUCUCCUUAUAACUCAAACCCUCCAGUCCUGGCAACUUGUGCAUCUUUUCUGCACCGUCUCUAGCUUAAUGUCAUCCUUCCUAUAACAUGGUGAUUGCCUGACCCUUAGAAAAUAGCUCUCUUGGUCUGCUUUUAUUUCCUUGAAAAUUUCAUCAAAUCAGUUCUUAACCUGCAUGUACGCCUCAAGUUUGACUAAACACCCGGUAACACCGUCCCAGAGCCUGAAGGCACGCCUUUAACCUGUGUUAGACUUCCUUGAGACACUGGAGACAGCAGACACUGGAAUCUGGAGCAACCCACAAGCAGUGCUGGAGGAACCCAGCAGGUCGGGCAGCAUCAGUGGAGGGAAAUGGACAGUCAACGUUUCGGGUCGGGACCCUUCAUCUGGGGGAUUGGGUACCAGAAGGUUGAGAAUUUGAUGUUCAUGCUGGUGGGUUGGAGAUAGAUUUCUCAAACUUCUGGUACCUGCUCCCCCUCUGGCCCUUUCCCCCUUUUUUUUUUCGUUUCUUCUCUCCUGAUCCAACCCCCCCCCCCCCCCCCAUCACUCCAUGUCUGUCCCCUCUCCCUCUGCCCAUCACCCACACACUCCUGCCACCGGUCCCCCUCCCCACCUCCCUCCCUUUAUUCCAGGCUCCACCUUCCCCUCCUAUCAGAUUCCACCCAUCUUCAGCCCUCCGUCACUUCCGCCUAUCACCUCUCAGCAUCUGACAUCAUUCCCACCCUCCUCUAUUACCCCCCUCACAUGGAUCCACCUAUCACCUGCCACCUCUCUAUACUGACCAGCUCCCCUCUAUAUCUUGCAGUCCAGAUGAAGGGUCUCAACCCAAAAUGUAGACUUUCUUGAUCCUUUCAAUCGUCGGAGACUCCUUGUUUGAAAUGCAAAUAAAAUUGGUAAAUUGG